AUGAAUGGAAAAAUACAUUUUCUCGCCGUUUUCCUAGUGAAUUUCCAUUUGAUCAGACAGGUUCAUUCUCUAGUUGAGUUCACUAACAUCAAAUGCGAAGUAGCGGACCCCGAUUUCUGCAAUAUCGAAUAUUGCUAUCUGAAGUCUGUUAAUCGGACCUACAAAUAUUAUUCGCUAAAAGUGAAUCUUUUUAAAAUUCCAAUAACCAAAGUUAAGGUAAACGCCGCUAUUUAUAAGUUCGCUAAUGGCUAUAAGCCCUUCAUGUACAAUGUUACUGUCGAUGCCUGCAAGUUCCUAAAAAACCAAAAAUCAAACCCAAUUUUUGGCUACUUUUAUGGCUAUUUUAAGGACCAUUCCAAUAUGAACCACACAUGCCCUUACGACCAUGACAUUGUGGUGGAUAAACUAACAACUGCGUUUUUUAAUCAACGAGCGAAAUAUCUUCUCCCUUUUCCGGACGGAAAGUACUUGAUCCAAAUGAACGUUCUUGUCCAUGACAUUUCUCGAGCCGUGUUCAAGUUAUACAACGUACUAUCUUGA